UCAGGCAGUAUCGCCAUCGUCGUCGUCUUCGUCAUCGGGGAUGGUAACAACAUUCCUUGGCAAAGUUUGAAGGCCCACAACAUUUGUCGCCUCUUCAUUUAUUGACUCUUGGACAGCAAUUGCCAAAGUCAGCUUACUUCCUUUAAUAGCAGAGCGAGACGUGGCAUUUGGGAGACUCAGAGAGAGCCUAAAGACCCUAAGAACAGGGAGGGAGGGUUCGAACUUCGAAGGUGGGGUUUGGAAAUUGUCUUCACUCUUCGUCCCUUCUAAUCGGAUUUUAGGGUAAUUCCAUCCAUCAUCCAACCAGAAAAAAAAAAAAAAAAAAAAAAAAAAAGUUUACAUUCCCUUUAUUUCUUCCUCUCCCAAAAAAUGCGUUCUUCUGGGGCAUCUCCGCCUCUAACAGUUCUCUUUCUUCUUGGUUUGGUUCUCUUUGGUCAUAUUCGCCCCUCUUUAUCUUCUUUCACUUCUGAUCUCUUCGACACCUGGUGCGAACAGUAUGGCAAGUGUUACUCCUCUGAGGAAGAGAAGCUCUUCAGGUUCCGCGUGUUUGAAGACAAUCUCGCCUUCGUUACGCACCACAAUAGUUUGGCCAAUUCCUCUUAUACCCUUUCCCUCAAUGCUUUCGCUGACCUUACCCACCAUGAGUUCAAGGCCUCCCGGUUGGGCCUCAGCCUCGCUUCUGCUGAUGCCCUUGGCUUUUCCCCUCGAAAUUCUUCAUCUUUCUCAACUCCCAGUUUCUCGGCUCAACUUCCGUCUUCCAUCGAUUGGAGAGAGAAAGGUGCAGUCACGAAGGUGAAAGAUCAGGCGAGUUGUGGUGCUUGUUGGUCUUUCUCUGCCACUGGUGCAAUUGAAGGCAUAAAUCAGAUUACCACAGGAUCUCUUUUGAGCCUCUCGGAGCAAGAGUUAGUUGAUUGUGACCGAUCUUUUGAUACUGGGUGUAGUGGAGGACUUAUGGACUAUGCAUUUGAAUGGGUUAUAAAAAAUCAUGGGAUUGACACAGAAGAGGAUUAUCCAUAUCAAGGAGGAGAAAAGACCUGUAAUAAAAAUAAGCUAAAAAGACGAGUUGUAACCAUUGAUGGGUAUGUUGAUGUGCCUCCCAAUAGUGAGGAACAACUACUCCAGGCUGUUGCAUCUCAACCUGUGAGUGUAGGUAUAUGUGGUAGUGAAAGAGCUUUCCAGUUGUACUCAAAGGGGAUCUUCUCUGGCCCAUGUUCAACUUCUUUGGAUCAUGCUGUAUUGAUUGUUGGUUAUGGUUCAGAAAAUGGAGUUGAUUACUGGAUUGUGAAGAACUCCUGGGGAACAGGUUGGGGAAUGAAAGGCUACAUUCACAUGGUGCGAAACAGUGGCAAUGCACAAGGGGUUUGCGGUAUAAACAUGCUAGCUUCGUAUCCAACUAAGACUAGUCCUAACCCCCCUCCUCCACCUUCCCCUGGUCCAACUAGAUGUAGUCUCCUGUCCUACUGCUCAGAAGGUCAAACCUGUUGCUGUACGCGGCCGUUAUGGGGCUUCUUAUGCUUUUCAUGGAAAUGCUGCGAGCUGGAUUCAGCUGUGUGUUGCAAUGAUCACGUUUCUUGUUGCCCUCAUGAUUAUCCAGUUUGUGAUACCCAAACGAAGCGAUGCCUCAAGAGUUCUGGGAACUUCACAAGAGUAAAAGGGAUUGAGAAGGCAAGUUCUUUUGGGAAGUCUGGAGGUUGGAAUUCUAUUCUUGAGGCUUUGAAUUGGUAAAAUCACUAGCAUUAAGGUACUGUUAUUAUUAUUCGCUGUUUUUGUUAUGAUCAUCAAUAUUGUUUCUUCACUAUACUUCACAUUAUCUGUACAUCAAACAGCAAAAAAUUUUAUAUUGGUUCAGAAUUUUCUAUGUUAUUGAGAAAUUGUACUACGCUCAAUUUCACCAUUUAGAUGUGUGGAUCACUGAAACAAGGUGUACUCAUCCUGUCAACCAAUAUCAUCCUUUCCUCUGUAUUAUCUGAUUUAA